CCGGAAGCGGCUGUGGUUCUCAGCCACCGUUGAACAGUUGUUGUGAGGAGGAUCUCAGUGCUCUGUGCCGGAGGCGUUUCGCAGGGAUGCGGCCUUGGGGAGGGUUUCUUGGAGUCUCCGUGGAGCUCCUGGACCAGACCCCACAGUGAAGGCUACAAGAUCUUCCUUCUGGUCCCAGAAGCUCUGGUUGAGUCCACAGAUCCUGCCUGGCCCUAGGCUCCUGGGAAGAGCAGAGUUGUCAGCAAGAGAGCCAGAGGGCUGAGGCCCGAGUAAACAUGCCAGCCAACCAGAGCUCUCCCCAGUGGUCCCUGGCCCUGACUGCAGGAGGAAGAGACAGCUCCUGUGAGGUCUCAGUGUCACUUGAGGAUGUGACUGUGGACUUCAGCAGGGAGGAGUGGCAGCAAUUGAACUCUACUCAGAGACGCCUGUACCAGGAGGUGAUGCUGGAGAAUUACAGCCACCUGCUCUCAGUGGGGUAUGAAGUUCCCAAACCAGAGGUCAUCUUCAAGUUGGAGCAAGGAGAGGAGCCAUGGAUAUUGGAGGGAGAAACCCCACAUCAGAGUUGUGCAGAUGGGAAGUUUGGGAUUAAGACCUCACAAAAAAGAAUUUCUGGGAAAGCUUCAUUUCAUAGUGAAAUGGAGGGUGAAGAUAUAAGAGACGAUUCAUUGUAUUCCAUUUUAGAACUGUGGCAAGAUGCUGAACAGAUAAAAAGAUAUCAGGAAAAACACAGCAAAACUCUCACAGGUCUCUAGAUUAAGAAGCUGCACUCAGAGAGCCUCAGCCACCUCUGCACCUGAUACAGAAGACUUGGUGUCCUGGAUUUGAACAUCGUGCCACAAUUUGGGAUGAGACAUUUGGAGGUCUUGGAAUGGGGUGAACAUAUUGUUGCAUGGUAUGGAAUGUAAAUAAAAUUAUUUUUGACCAGAAAAUAGACUAUGUUAGCUUGAAAAACACUACAGAUUUCUUGCACCCCUACAUCUAUGCCCCCUUGUAAUCUUUAUUUCUCUUUGUGUUUUAGUUGGGAUAAUUUCUAUUAACCUAUCGUCAAGUUCACUGAUUCUAACCCCUGUCCUGGCUCUGUUAAGUCUACUGGGUGAGCUCAUUGAAGGCAUUCUUCAUCUCAGUUAUGUUAUCUGCUGAAAUUUUCCAUCUGUUCAUGUCUGUUGUUCACAUUUUCCACUAUUUUCAUUUUAAAUUUCCUGUUUGAUAAUUCCAACAACUGUGUCACCUGAGUCUGACUCUGUUGAUUGCUUUGUCUCUUGACAGAGUACCACAAAGUAGGUGGCUUAAAAAAACAGAAAUUUAUUGUCUCACAGUUUGGGAGGCCAGAAGUCUGAAAUCAAGGUGUCAGGAACUCUUUCCUGCAUCUCUUCAAGUUUUCAGUAGCCUCAGGCAUUUCUUGGCUUGUAGAUGCAUUACUUCAGUCAGGUCAUUUUCUCCCUAUGUGUCUUCACAUCGUGUUCCCUCUCUGUGUCUGUCUGUGUUCGACUUCCCCCGUUUUAUAAGGAUACCAGUCACAUUAGAUUAGGCCCACCCUAGUGGCAAUAUUUUAAUUUGAUUACUCUGCAAAGAUUUUCUUUCCGAAUAAGGUCAUAUUCUGAUGUACUGGGGGUUAGGAUUUCAAUGUAUCUUUUGUGGAGGGACAUAAUUCAACCCAUAUAAUAAAUUAAUACAUUUAUCUGUAUAAAGUACUUAGAACUAUGUAUGGAAAGAAGUUCUUGAUGAAUAUUAGAUACAUCCCACUUCCUGAGGCUGCCUAGGUCCCCCUACAACUCUCUGUACUUGGGCAGGAUUUGAGACCUUUGUUUGUGGUAUCUUAACCUCAUCCAACUACCUAAAGAAAAUGUUUGGAAUAACAGGAAAAGCAGGCCUAGUACCAAGACUUGUGCUACCAACAUUUGAGAAGAAUUUGUUUAUAGAGGACAGUGGGAAGGAGCAGCCAGAGGUUCAUUUAUAUGAGGAUGGAAAACUGGUUCUUGGAUUUUGUGACAAGGAGGUCAGGGUUGACUUUGGUGAACAUUAUUUAAGUGAAUUUAACUAAAGAAAACAGCAGCAAAGUUGAAGGGAUUUCUGAGCUCAGGUAGUUACUUCACCAUCAAACUUUUCUGAUAGAAAAAAGUAUUAGGUAUUGCUCUAUUGAAAAUGUGUUUUCAGGAAUCCUGUUGGAGUCCAGGUUAGAGUUGGCCAAAAGUAGAAAUUGCAAGAGAUUUAAGAGGUCACAGUGAAUGAGCAAACAUCAUUACUCUAAAAGUUUAAGAUUAGAUUCAGGGCUACAGAUAUAGGGGUACCUAGAAGGUUUUAAUUCUUCCUCACUUUCUUCCACUCUAUUCAGCCCUUCCUUGCGUCUCACAGCCUGCUGACCAACAGUGGCCCAGGCUUACCACCAGAUACUUGGCUGAAGACCCACAAAGGCAAAGGCUUCUCUUAGACUUCUCCAUUAGCUCCCCAUUAAUAAUCUCACAUCAGCAGCUGGAUGUGCCUGGCUUCUAAGAGUUUCCUGCAAACUCUGACUUAUCUACCCAUGCCAAUGUUUCUCCCAACUCCCCCUUCCAUACCUUAACUUCCUCAGCUACUCCCACAUUUGUGUAUGGCUUAAUUCAUGUAAAAAUUCUUUAUUCCAUAAUACUCAUAGUGAAUCCACUUAAUUGAACCCUGAUUGUUAAUGUUAUACUUUCUUUUCCUGAGAACUUGGUAAAUGUUUCUCUUCUAAAAUUUAGUGAUGCUACUGAGAAUUCUUAGGCUAAACUGCUCUUUUUUUCCUUGUACCUUUCUGCCACAUGAUUCUUUCUUUAUGCUUGAAGUUAGGGAUCUUUAAAAACAUAUGCUUUGGUCUUUAUUUUUGUUAAUUUGAUUUUACCUUGGUUACAGUAAGCUGUACCAAUAAUGAUUCAAGCCUUUUAUUUCAGGGAAGUUUUAUUUUGCUGAACUUUUUUUUUCUGAUCUAUUUUCCUCUUCAGGACAUAAAUUAUGUAUAUGUAAUAUGUCUUUGUCACCUUCUAUAUCCAUUUAAUACUACUCAAUAUUUGUUUCAUAUCAUUCUUUUUAAAAAUAUAUAUUUUUAUUGAUUUCAGAGAUGAAGGGAGAGAGAGAGAGAAAUAGAAGCAUCAAUGAUGAGAGAGAAUAACUGAUUGGCUGACUCCUGCAUGUCCACAACUGGAGAUCAAGACCACAGACCAGGCAUGUGCCCUAACCUGGAAUUGAACCAUGACCUCCAGGUUCAUAGGUCGAUGCUCAACCACUGAUCCAU